CCCGGAAGCGGCGCGGCGGCCGGCACGGGCGGCGCCGCUGCCGCCGCCGCCGCCGCUGCCGCCGCUGGCUCGUUGGUGUGUGUGCGUGAGGUGUGCGGGCGUGGUGCGCCAUGGUGCGCACCACGCGCCAUGGCCCACAGUGCUGACACCAUGCUGGACAUCAGUGACAAAGUGCGGCGCCAUCUGCGACACUUGUCCAGCUCCAGCUCGACAUCCAGUGGCUGCAGCCAUGCCAACGGCGGCAGCUUGGUACUAGUUCAGGCCCAGGUGAUGAUGCGGGACGACAGUAUGGGCGGCUGGCUGCCCAUGGGCGGCUGGGGACUCUCCAAGGUCUCCGUCCGAAAGCGACACCCUCGCUAUGAACACGUCAAUGCCGAUCACCCCAAGACCGAGUACAUCAUCUUCGGCAAGCGCAUCAACGACGGGGUGUCCGUACUAAACUGCACAAUCAAGAAGGACUUUGUGUACCACAAGGUGAUGCCGACAUUCCACCACUGGAAGACUGGCGAGAAGAAAUUCGGCCUCACCUUUCAGACGGCUGCCGACGCGCGAGCAUUCGACCGCGGCGUGCGUCAGGCUGUGCAGGACCUCCUAGACGGUCUGUCCGACUCGGACUCGUCUCCGCUGUACGUCACUCCGCCACCGCCGCACGACCGACCGCCGCCGCCACCGCCGCCGCUGCACGGCCGACCCCCGCCGCCACCGCCUCCCUCGGUCACCCGGCCAGAUCUCGGAGACAAUGAUGUGUUCAUGACGCUGGAGUUGCCGGUGGACCGGUACGACAGCCGCUCCUCCUCCGACUCGUCCGUGUCGCGACAGACGGCCGCCUCGCCGCAGUCGGCGCUGCUCCACCGCAUGGCGUUCGGCCCGACGGCGGCAGCGGCCGUGCCGGCGGCCGGCGGCGGCGGCGGCUCGGCGCCUCCCACCGGCCCGCUGUCGGACGAGAGCGCUGCCUCCGAGUACCCGUACGUGCAGUUCGCGCGCGACCGGCCCUCCAAGCACGAGUACAGCUACCCGGCCAUGGAGGACCUGGUCAAGCAGAAGGAGCUGCUGAAGCGCAACGCCGAGACGAUGCACCUCACGCAGCCGCCGCUGCCCAGCAAGAGCGGCAAGCGCCGGGUGGAGACUCGGCGGCCGCUGCCGCGCCGCUGCCGCCACUGCCAGGAGCCGUACGACGAGGAGUCGAACGGGCGCGGCCAGUGCGAGUACGCUCCGGACCCGGUGCGGAGCUGCCUGGAGGCGGUCACCUGUCUGCCGGCCGCCCAGUGCAUGCUCUACCACUGCUGCGCCGACUCGGAGGGCGACUUUGGCAGCGGGCCGUGCGCGUGCGCGCCGCGCGAGGAGCGCUGCGCGCGCCGGUGGCUGGGCCUCACCCUGCUGUCGGCGCUGCUGCCCUGUCUGUGCUGCUACCCCCUGGUGGCCGGCUGCUACCGACUCUGCCGGCGCUGUCACGCCUGCGGCGGCAAGCACGGGCCCUCUACGCACCCGUAGUGAAUACACACACACAGACUGAUUAUGCGCACGGAAAGGAGAACCAGCCCACCGGCCGCCUGGCUACUGCCAGCGCGCGCUCCCGCAAGUCGGGCGCGCACAUACAUUCUAUGUUUGAACAAUGCGAUAUAUGGAUAGAGCGUAUAUGCCGAACCGAGUGCGGUUUUUUGUCGAGUGUUGACGCCGACCGCCGCCGGACCGCCGCCGCUGUCACCGAUUUUUAUAAGUCACGCGUGUGCUGCUCGUCAUCCAAAGGGAUCCCAAUGUCUCUAGGGCUCAGGGGACAUUGUGACGCUCUUUGGAAGCUGUCUGCAUUUGGUUCUGUGUUUGACGGUGGACGCUGCGCGUGUAUAUGAAUGUGAUAUAUGGCGGGCGGCGGCGGCCGGCGGCGCGCGCGCGCGCAUACACGCUCUCCGCACGACGCCAGUGUUAUAUUGCUGGGAAAGAGAGCGAACGUGAGCGAGAGCGAGAGAGAGCGAGCGAGCAAGACGAACGCGAGAGUGUCACUUGAGACACGGAGAGGCGAGGGCAGGCGCCCGUACCCGGCCCGUGCCCGAUGGGCACGGCCGCACGGCUCGCGCGCUGUAGGCUCGGGCAAGCUUUACCUUGGGCUGCGGAGAUUGUCGGGCCGUUUCCAGUGUGUGGGAAUUUUUGCGGGCGCGUGCGCCUGGCCGGCCCCCGCAGUCGCCGCGCGGCGUGCGCCGUUUUUUAGUCGUGACAUGUGUCGCCAGUGGAGUCGCGCCCGCGUGCGCACACACAACGUUGUAAUGUAAUCCUCAUCUUUGUGAACUGGACUCAUCGCUGCUGUCAUUUGUUCCUAAAUACAUGCCGCUUAACACCCGCA